AUGCGCUCUCAUUUUGGUCUGUUCAACACGUCCCACCGUCGGUCAGAGCAACAAUCGUCCUAUCGAAGGAGCCAGUCAUCUACAGGCACAGCUACCAACUCGACUCAACAUCCGGCUCUGUCUAGAACGUUUGACGAUCCCUCCUUUAUCCCUCUCGCGAACUCUGACCUCUACAUCGAUCAUGAUGAGGAUAUCCAGCGCACUUUGACGCAGCUCAACCGAUCACUGCCACAAACAGGAGCAGGUUCCUCAGCCACAAGACCUAGAGAGAUGCGGCAAGGCCAUGAUACUCUGUUAAAUCAUCCACUCAGUCAUGAUGAGCCUAGCCACUUCCAUACUCAAAGUCACGUCGCAGUUCCUGAUGCGCUUUACUGCUACCAAGAUACGACUCUAAGACCAUCUGCUGCAGGCAAUGAAGCUUGCCCUUCAAGCCCCCGUCCAACUCGUACUCGGCACAUCUUUCAGACUGAGGGUCUUUCCAACAUUCAACAGUUACCUAUUGACAUUAUUGAAGGCCAGAUCAGAAUGGAGUCUACCGGUGCUUUUGGUUGGGUUGCACGGAUCGCCAUGGGUUUUCGCGAGAUCUUUCGCUAUGGAGACAUAUCAAGGCCAAACACCUUCACCCCAAGUCCUUCAAGUGUCUUAUGCCCAACUGUGGAAGACUUUUCGAUCGACAUGACAGCCUCCGGACGCAUCAGCAAACAACAGGCCAUUGUAUUUGAUCAUCCCUCGGGUCUUCCAUUUUCUUUUCUCUGA